AUGGCGCAAAUCGGCAUCGUUGGCGCGGGCUUUGUCGGCGAAGCGCUCGCAAGUCAGCUUGUCCGAACGGGUCACCAUGUCAAGGUUGCGAACUCUCGCGGCCGAGAUAGUCUCAAGGCGUUCGCGCAAAACACCGGCGCAGAGGCCGUCGAUAUUAGCGAGAUCUCUUCCAAUCUGGACGUCCUCUUCAUUGCGGUCCCGAUGUCUCGUAUCAAGGACUUGCCAAAGACAAUCUUCCAAUCGCUUCCUCCUAGCGCGGUUGUGGUCGAUGCUGGCAACUACUAUCCGCUACGGGACGGAGCUAUUGCCGCAAUCGACGAGGGCAUGGUUGAGUCGCAGUGGGUGUCACAGCAACUCGGCGUCGCAGUCGUCAAGGCUUUCAACAACAUCAUUGCGUCCCGGCUGACGACGAGCGGCCGACCUCAGAAAGAUCGCAACCGCAUCGCAUUGCCUGUGUCCGGCGACGAUUCAAAAGCACGAGCAGGCAUUUUGGCGAUUGUCGAACAAUUGGGAUUCAAUGGGUACGAUGCAGGUCCUCUGUCAGAUUCGUGGCGUCAGCAGCCGGGGCAGCCAGCCUACUGCACUGAUCCGACGAGCGAAGAGCUGCCUAUGCUGCUUCGACGCGCCGACAGGAAAAAGGCGCCAGAGGGCCGAGAUAGAGCGUUCAAGUUACUCGGCAAGCUUCCCGAGAAUUACCCCGCCGAAGAACUUGUCCGGGUCUCUAGGAUUUUCGUGGGCUUGGACAAGUGGAAGCCGCAAGCAUGGCUUGCCGUGCUGCGCCUCGUGUUUGCUCUCGUACGGUCCAGGCGUUGA